AUGUCCGUGGUUCAGGAACACUGGAGCCUUUGUCGAUACGCAAGAGACGCAGCCCACAUCACAGCCAAUGUAUUGUUUUUAGUGACUUUGAUGACGACGCCGGCUAUAAGCGUGGACAGACUUCUCGCCUUGUUGUUGGGACUGAGAUACAAACAAAUUGUAACUUUGAGGCGCACGUAUAUUAUUGUAACUACCUUUUGGGUUUUUACUCUAGUCGCGUCUUUAUGUGGAAUUUUUUAUGACCGUAUAAUCUUUUUGUACAGUUAUUUAGUUACAUCAUUUUGCCUGGUAAUAUCAUUUGCAUCGUACACAAAGAUUUUUUGCACUCUCAGAAAUCACCAAGCACAAGUACGAGAUCAACAACAGGCGAGCCAGACAAAUGCACUGAACAUGGCGCGAUUAAAAAAGGCAGUAGACAGUGCACUGUGGGUGCAGUUAGCAUUAGCUGUUUGUUUUGCACCAAUAUAUAUGGUGAAAAUUGUGAUCGCUCAUACUAAAAAAUAUUCACUAGUCUUAGUCGUCACACGGAAAGUAGCACUUAUUUUACUUUACUUUUACUCGACGUUAAACCCGUUCCUAUACUGCUGGAAGAUUAGUGAAGUGAGACAAGCAGUGAAGCGGACACUAAAGGAAGCACUUUGCUAAAAUAGGUCUUUCUUGAGUUGUUCUUCAGACUUUCAAAGCAGGCUUAUAAAGUCACGAUUAUUAUUAGAGAGCAGUCGUUAGAUAAGUUUUUGGAGAAAAAGAAAUAAGUGCCUCAAUGGAAUAGUUACAGCGGCUGUUGUCGAUAGUCUUUAUUUCUCCGCUAACAAUUUAACGACAGACUAGGUAACCCUAGCUAUGCGUUUUCAAAAAUAAGGUUUCUUGCCGCUAUGCUAAAGUACAAGAUGUCACAAUCGAAAAAAAGAUAUGCAAACAAUUUACUGUCAUGUUUUCUCCUCUUAGAAAUAUAGAGGCUUCAGAUGAAACUUCAAAGAGUAGUUUAAGAGAUGCGUUUGAGGCCGAUGUUGAGUGUUACGAGAAAACUAUUACAACUAGUUUUCCUACAAUUAAAAGAAAGCGCUUGGCGUUGAUGUUGACGCCAUAUUGCCAGAAGAAACGGUCCAUUUUAAGUCUUGAAUUUGUUUGUUUUGUGAUCAGAAAAUUAUCCUUAAAGCUUAUGUGAGGAAGUUUUUGUUAUAUAUUUAACUAGAGGUUACGAAAUUAUGUGAAAUAAAAUUGACCAUCUCUGUUUGUUAAAGAAUUUUCUUCCAGAUCGAUUGGUGUUCUGAAAUUAUAUUGGCAACGGCGAAAUUCGCGUUUCGCAUCAUGUGUUGUUCAUCGUAUAUCAAGUUUGUUGUUGGUGAAUCUUUAGGUUGUCUCUGAGUCUUAUGGAUUUUAUUUCUUCCAUUCCCGAGCGAUUAACUGCUGUCCCUAAGUUCCACAAAUGUUUACGCUGCCGUGCAUAGUGCAGUUGGAUCAGGACCUAAAAGGUCAAUGCCGAUAGAAAAAUUGGGUAGUUCUUCGCUGGUUUCUUCCGUAUUUCAAAGAGAAGGAAAACUGCACUGCAGCUUAACAGGAAAGAAACUCUCAAGCCAGGUAAAAAAAAAUUGCUCACGUCAUCUUAUUUACGCACGGGCGUGCGUAAAUAGAGAUUUUGUUCAUAGCGGCUCAACAGGGACUUAUACAGGGCAAGCACGCGCGCCAUGUUAUAAAGGGUAUUUUUAACAACUGUUGCGUGCGUCUGUUUGCGGUCAUAAAUAUACGAUGCCCGCAGGAAGUUUGGAGAGCUUGAAAGAUACGCUGGAGUUACUUAACACGCGACCAAUAAUAAUUGUAGGUUCAUAAAUAAUAAAUGCUGUUAAUGUAGGUUUUAACAAGGUGUAGUUUUCAACUCGACUUUCAUACAAGAUGCUCGUCACAGGCUCCGGAAAAAAGAAAUCAACUCUUUGGCACAACAGACAAUUUGCUUACGCAUUUUGAAUGAGCAAACGUUGAUGAGGAAAUCUUUAUGUGUUUAUGGAAGGAAGUUUCAGUCAUCGUCGCUCGACGUGUGCUGUUUAAACGAAAUAUUAUGCGCCCCAUCUUUUGGAGGUGGAUUACAUCAAAGAUUUACUUUUUUCUCAGCAGUGCAUAUGUGAAAUGAAAUUGACUGCAAACGGUUCUUACAGAGUCCUCUUGUUGUCAUGAGCUUUUGAACUCAGUGAACGACAGUGGUGUCGAGAAACUAAAUCAUUUUUUGCCCCUGCUUUUAUGUUACAAGUCCACAGUCAGCAUUCAAGUUGUCUCCAACUGAUUGACGUUUCGCCUUCCCAUUCAAAUUUGGUUUCCAGAAGCUGAUCAUAAUUUAAACAACACUUACUCAUUUAUGCGGCUAUCAACGUCACUUUUCCUUCGUAAGGCUGGUUUUUGCCUAAAACUGUGGGAUGAAAAAUAAAAAGCACAAUAUUUUAUUUUAAUUUUACCUCUUAGCGCAAAGUCAUUCAAAGAUUGAACCUAACAAGUUGAAUAUACAUGUGGUGUAGUUGUGACGUUUAACACUGUUAGGCGACAAACAUCCUGCCUCUCCUAUAUAACAAAGAUAAUUUGAAGGAAAAGUCGUUGUAAAAAAAAAAAAAAACUUUUCAUCUUUGGAGGGAGCUUCUAGAGUUUAUCGAUGGAAUAACGUGAAAGAAUUACCCGUUACAAAGAAGUUUACAAAGAGUUAUAUUUAAUGUGACUCUUGUGAAGAAAUUGACAGCUCUUGCUCGUCUGAGUAACGAAGGAUUGUCCAUCGCGCCAUAAAAUAUUAACAUUCGUGGAUGUUUUGUUCUUACCUCGUGUUGAUAAAUCAUAGCUGAGGCAAAAGUGAGGCUUUAAGAAAAAUGGUUCACCAUUUUUUGGACACAAAUGACUGUAUUUCCAAACAUUUCAAACGACUAAACGCGACUGAAAAAGUUUUCAUAUGAUUAUUUUGAAAAAAAUAAAGUUUAGGUGAUCAACGCUGCGUAGGUGCUCUCAGUGGGGCAGCAAAUUCAAUGGGAGAUGGAACGCAGGUGAACACAUUUGAAGAACUUGUAUGUUCCUCAUCUUUGGCUGGCGAAUUUGAACAAUACUCAUUGCGUCUGUCAGCAAUCAUUAUUUUCUUUUCCCUGACAGCAUUUCUUGGGAAUUCUCUGAUCUUCGUUGCACUUCACAAGGUGUCUUCCCUCCAUCCGCCGUCCAAACUCUUGUUCCGUUGUCUGGUAACAAGUGAUCUGUUAGUUGGUCUUGUAAGCCAGCUUCUCACUGCUACUCUUUGGAUGUCGGUUGUUUUCGAAGAGUGGAGACUUUGUCGAUUCGCAUGGGUAGCAGCCUCCAUUUCAGGGUAUGGAUUAUCUCUUAUGUCUUUGUUGACAAUGGCAGCCAUGAGCGUGGACAGACUUCUCGCCCUGUUUUUGGGGCUGAGAUACAAACAAAUUGUAACUUUGAACUGCACAUAUAUCAUUGUCGCUACUCUUUGUAUUAUAACCUUUGUCGCUACUCUAUGCAAUGUGUUAGAUUCUCGUAUAGCGCCUUGGUUUGGUCGAAUUAUCAUCUCAUGUUGCCUAUUAAUCUCGAUUGCUUCAUAUGCUAAGAUUUUCUGUGCUCUUCGCCGUCAUCACGCUCAGAUACAAAGUCAUGUUCAACAACAGCCGAGCCAACCAAAUGCAUUGAACAUGGCGCGAUACAGAAAGGCAGUGUACAGUGCACUGUGGGUGCAGUUAGUGUUACUUGCUUGUUAUGUGCCAGUGAUUUUAGUGGGAAUUGUGAUGGCUCAUAUAAAAGGAAAUUCAUCACAUUUAGUCGUCGCUCUUGGAAUAGCGAGUACCCUGGUUUAUUUUAACUCGACUUUAAAUCCGUUUCUUUACUGCUGGAAGAUUAGUGAAGUAAGAAGAGCAGUUAAGAAGACAAUCAGACAAGCGCUUUGCUGUCCACGAGGUUAGAUCUUCCAUUAUACUCUUUUUUAGUUGUUUCAAGCGAGUAAGUAACGUGACGAUGCUAUUAGAUAACGCCACCUGCCGGAUAAAUCAUUGAAUAGGAAGAAGUAAGAAGCUUAAUGAAGUUGCUGUACAAAGCCUUUUAGAUAUUCUCACCAUAGAUCAACAUGGCUCAUUUUGCGCAUGAUAAAGCAAAAUCAUGGAAUCUACACGUUAACGAUAUCGUACGAAUUUGAGAAUGGUAUUCAUCUUAAUUGAGGGAGGCGUUUGACUACAGUCGGCUUGAUACAAAAAAAAAUUUCCUUAUCUUAUUAACAACCAAUGAUUUCAAUCGCGGCUUCUGUGGAUAAACUUUAUUUCCAAGUGUACGCACAGCUAAAGGACAGAGAGUCGUAUCACUAACAGCAAUACUUGGGACAAGUAAGUUUCAUGCGACGGCAGUUAUUUUGAAUACAACAACCUAUGAUUUGAUCGACAUAAAAAAUGCCGUCCACGCAAAGUAGGGCAAAAAACGGGACCCUAGUUUGAUUUUACUUACUCGUUUUACUAUCUUAGUGAUAAGAAAGUACAUGUAUAGGAUAAAAUUGAUUCCGAAAGGGUAGUGAAGGAGUGACUUUUAAGUUCUUCUCUUACGGGUGGUGAAAUAAUUUCAAAUUUUUAACCUCACUGCAUGAAAUAAAGCGCAUGACUUUGACACGAUAUUGCCGUACGAACCGUUCAAAGUAAGUCUUGUUAAAGACAAGAAAUCGUAAUUUUGAGCGAAAAAGUCCAAAAUAAAUGGUAUGUUUUAUCAAAAAUUUAAGGCCGGUUAUUUACACAAGGUCUAACCCAAACCAUGGUUUUACGCGAGCAGUUAAAAGCAGGUGUUCUUUAUAAGAGGGUAGAUAAAUCAUAAUAAAUGUCCUUCCUUUAUUAGAUCUCGACCUUCUAGAUACUAUUCGCAAAAAUAUAUACCAAGAUAAAAGGUUUAGCUAAAUUGAAGAUGGCUUAGAACGCAGUUUUGUCAAACAACGACUGAACUUUGUUUAAAGAACUGGGUCUAAGUGUCAAUAGAUAAAAUCCCAGUGAAAUAUAUUAACUUUCGAGAUUCUGUGGUCUCCUGUAGUCUUUUCUGAAGCUAGUAAAAAUUUCCAUUUUUCUGUCUGAUGGCAAAAUAUUUCGUAGAAGUGGAGAAGACUUAUAUUUAUAGCAUUUAUUCCAAGAUAAAGUCGAAAUGGUGCCGAUGGACUCACUAACUUCUAAGAAGCUCAUCGAUAACAUUGUUUGAACAAUGAAAACCCGGAAAGGAUUAAAGGCUAAGCUUUUUGUGCAAAGAAAGAGAUCAUCUAGAUUACAGGCGAUGAGAAAGGAUUGUUAUUAUUUUGAGGGUGUUUAUCAUUACCCAACAUUAGAUUAUCAUAACCAUUUCAUAACGAAAGCUGCAGAAAUAGCAAAGGACAAUUUUACAGGCAUCUCCUGAUGGCGAUCGAACUGAGAAACAUAUCGCCAAGGUAGAACUAAAUAUUGACUCGAGAUUUCGUUUUUAUCAAAAAUCUUGACGUGUGAAAUAUGAAUCAAGGAUUUCUAACCAAAUAACAAUUUUCGGUGCAUGGCAUUGUUGAAAACGUUUUACUUUACUAAAACCAAACCUUAUUAUCGCUGUAUCUCGUAAAGUUCUCUUUUAAGGAUCAAUCGUUUGUGAAAGACAAACUUUGCAAAAUUAUCAGAAGAUCCAUGUAAAUCAUGUAAAUGGUUCACCAUUUUUUUUUUGGACAUAAAUGACAAUAUUCCCGAGCGUUUCAAACGUGUAAACGCGGUUGAAAAAGUUUUCAUAUAAUUAUUCAUAUGAUUAUUCAGUUUCAGUGAUCAACGCAUUUUAAGUGAUUUCUAGGCUGGGCAGUUGCUCUCAAGACACAACAUUUCAUAUUACAAUCACAUGUAACCUGAAGGAAAGACCAAAACGACUACAGAAUGAUGGCGGAAACAAAUCUAGCCAAAAGUGAAGCACAGACAAACGAAUUUAAAGAUCUUCGGUGCUCCCCUUCUUUGGCAGGUGGAUUACAACCACAGUCAAUCUAUUUCUCAGCUGCAGUUUACAUUCUCCUCUCCAUCACAAAAUUUCUUGGGAAUUCUCUUAUCCUUGUUGCCCUUCAAAAGGAAUCUUCCCUUCACCCGCCGUCCAAACUCUUGUAUCGUUGUCUGGUAACAACUGAUUUGUUGGUUGGUAUUUUUAGCCAGCCUACGAUGUCCUUGGCUAACGAUAACUGGAGUCUUUGUCGAUACGCAAGCCACGCCACCUUCACAACAAGCUACACAUCCUGCCUCACUUAUUAUGGAAGAUAAUUUGCAGGAAAAUUUUCCCGCGAGAGGCAAUGUUUCUAUCCUUCAUGGUCCAGUAACAUAAAACUUUUGUGUCUAUAAAAGGAACUUUUAGAGUUUAUCGACGGAAUAACAUAUCAGUGAGAGAUUUACUCGUUACAAAGAAACUGACAAAGAGUUAUAUUUAAUGCAACUGUGGGAGGAAAUUGGCUUUUCUUGAGACAGAAUUGAGUAUUGGAAUUGUAAAUAAUUUAAUUUUGGAGGAAUGUGGGCUUCAAUCUUGAAGCGAAAUGUUUCCUAUAUCAUAAAUCAUUUCUUGAACAAGCUUGUUCGGUCAAGAUGUCUGGUUAAUAAUAACAAUGUUGCAAGAUGCUGCGUUGAAAUGUUGCGUGCGUGUGGCUGGGCCUUAAGAAAAAAGGGUCUGAGUGGCCAGGCACCGUUGAUAGGAAAUAUCUGUCGUUUCGAAUACGGGUAACUAGCGGGAAAAAAGAAAACGACCGUAUAUUGAACUGCAUGAUGACAACUAAUUUUAUAGGAGGUGUAACAUAAAGGAACACCAGGUUUGGAAAGUGGCUUUUCAACCUUUCUGGCUGAUGAGUUGCCGGCAUCAAGCAGCCAUUUCCUUCUCUGCGGUGUACUUUCUCCUCCCAUCACAGCAUCUCCUGGAAACUCUCUUGUCCUUGUUAUAAACAGUUGUCAACUUGAAUUUGUUUUGUCAUUAGAAAAAUAUCCACAUUGUUUAUGAAUGUUUGAAAAUGUCAUUGAUAAUAACAAACAUUGUGUAAGGGGGUGUAUGGAUUUAAAUAAACACUUUCCUUUCCUUAAUUAAUUCUUUCCAAAACUUCCAAUUUUCCGAGAUUAAACGUAAGACUCCAUCUUCUCCACUCAGAUAAAGGUGAAUUUCUACCCGAGAAGGCGACGUUUAAAAUAAUUGUGAAAUACCGAUAGUAUCAAAGAUGUCUGUCUGUACGUUUGACUCUUAAAGCUCAUUUGUUCCUAUUUUGGUCACGUUUCUUAAUGAUCUUUCAUCGAUAGGGAGCUAGUCAAGUGUCCAUAUCAUCUGUAUAAAAUUUUGCAUCAAACCAUUAAAAUGUAAAUGAAUUCUAAUAUUAAAAAGAACCUUAAAUCUGAGGGGUUCCGGAAAAAAGCAAUCAACUCUUUGGCACAACAGACAAUUUGUUUACGCAAUUUGAACAAGCAAACGCUGAUGAGGAAGUCUCUAUGUGCUUAUUGAAGGAAGUUUCAGUCAUCGUUGCACAGCUUGUGGUGUUUAAACGAAAUAUUUCUCGUUGCCAGUUGCCUCAGUACAAGAAAAAGGAAACGAUUACAGAACAAUGUCGACAACAAAGUUCACUAGGAGUGGAACACAGACGAAAACCUUUGUAGAACUGAUAUGCAACCCAUCUUUUGGAGGUGGAUUACAUGAAAUAUUUACUUUUUUCUCAGCAGUGCACAUUCUCCUCUCCAUCACAGCAUUCCUUACAAAUUCUCUCAUCCUUGUUGCCCUUCACAAGGAAUCUUCCCUCCACCGACCGUCCAAACUCUUGUACCGUUCUCUGGCAACAACUGACCUGUUGGUUGGCCUUGUUGCCCAGCCUCUCUAUGCUACUUAUUGGAUGUCCUUAGUUCAGGAACACUGGAGCCUUUGUCGAUACGCAUUUGACGCACUCUACAUCAUGGGUUCUGCAUUGUUUUUAGUGUCUUUGAUGACGAUGACGGCUAUAAGCGUGGACAGACUUCUCGCCCUAUUGUUGGGGCUGAGGUACAAACAAAUUGUAACUUUGAAGCGCACAUAUAUCAUUGUAGCUACCAUCUGGAUUUUGGCUAUUGUCUCUUCUUUAUGGGCUUUACUUGAUGACCGUAUAAUUCUUUUGCACCGUCUGAUAACUACACCACUUUGCCUGCUUAUUUCACUUGCAUCAUACACAAAGAUUUUUCGCACUCUCAGAUAUCAUCAGGUUCAGGCAGAAGAUCCCGUUCAACAACAGCCGAGCCAACUAAAUGUACUGAACAUAGCUCAAUACAGAAAAGCAGUGUAUAGUGCACUGUGGGUGCAGUUAGCGUUAGUUGUUUGUUUUGCACCAUUCUUUAUCGUGGUGACCGCGAUUGCACAUAGUAACAAAACACAUUCAUCGCACUUGGUCAUCCUAUGGGGAAUAGCCGAUGUCUUGGUUUACUUUAACUCGACGUUAAACCCGUUUCUUUACUGCUGGAGGAUAAGUGAAGUAAGACAAGCAAUGAAGCAGACAAUCAGACAAGCACUUUGCUGUCCAUGGAGUUAGACCAUCUCGAGUUUUACCAGAUCGUACUGGUACUUUCAGUUCAAAACUUGUAUUUUUUUCACAUCUUAACAACUAAAGGGAAGGCAAUGGAAAAGCUAACCAUAAAUUUGUAAAAUUAUUUUAAUGCUACCUCACAUUAUCAUGAUUAGAUCAAUUCAUAAUCUAAGAAAAGAUAUGCGCGCGCAUGAUCAUACUCUCACGUUUGUUAUUAUAAGAAAGUGUAAGGAACAAAAUUGAAGCAAGAACGGUUAGUACAAAGUUCUCUUUCAGGUUCACCGUUUGAAAUUAUAUGCUAACGGGGAAAAAGGAAUAUUGAAUGAAAAAAAAAACCAUCGAAUUUUAAAAAUAUUAGUUAGAAUGGGUCGUUUUAUAAUCAACUUGUUCCUGGUUAUUUUUCCAAGUGAUUUUGAUUAUAUGUUUACCAUUUUCCGAGCGAUUAACUGUCCCAAACUUUCCCCUAUAUUUCUUUCAAGUCGUUUCAUAAAGUUUUAUUGAAUUCAGAAUUGACUAAAAUACAGCGAGAAUAUUUCCAAUUGAUUAUCGGGCCUAGAAAUAGCAGUAUAUCUAAAUAUACUGCUUAUUUCUUUACUUAAAAAGUCGAAGUCGAGUUCCUUUAAUGUAUUGAAAACAGUAAUAUAGCCGAUGUCUUCACGUUUGCCAUGGGAUAUUACUUUAGUGCUAAUUUGUACUUGAAGUAAAUUUUAUUGAUUGAGGUAAACAGCUAAUAGCAGCCAAUUUAAACACAGCGGUCAAACACUGCGCAUGCACGUGUUUUGAAAAGAAUACAAGGGAUUUUCAAACGCGUGUAUUACGUGAAGUGAAGAAGGAAAGUUUAGAUUCCUAACUAUUUCAAAUUGAAUGCGUAAUAUAGUUGAAAGAGGGAUUUCCGAGAGAGCUUAAAGCUUGGUCUUAUUUUAUGUUGAGAUAUCUCAACUUGUUUUUAACGCAGACGCCUUGUUCCGGCGAUGAAGGCAAAUUACAGAAGCUUACUUUUACCCUCGCCAGCAUGGCCAAGCUUGCGACUUCAUUUACACCGCUAAGCAAAGUGUGAAAAAAAGCACGAGAGUAUAAACUAGCACAACAUGGGUCAAGUCUAAAACAACAAUGUGUAUAAGUCUAGGCCUUAGAAACUUUCAACUUUCCCAAGAAACAGCAAAAAACUACGCACUACUUAGAUUCUCAAUGUUUAUAAUAGCAAAUCAUUCAUCUAAAAGCGCAUGCGUAAUCAUUUGACCGCUGUGUUGCCCAUUUAUCACUGUUUACGUUAGUUGCUUGUUGUGCACCAAUCUAUAGUAAGACAUAUCAGUCACAGUUAGUCGUUAUAUGGAGAGUAUCAGUUGUCUUACUUUACUUUAACUUGAAUGUCCGUUCUUUACUGCUGGAAAAUUAGUGAAGUAAGACAAACAGUAAAACAGACAAUCAGAGAAGCACUUUGUUGUCCGUAGCGUUACCUCCUCCUCGGUUUGGUUUUGUAAGACUUUCAUUAUUAAGUCACGAUUGUUAUUAUGGAGCGCUCUUCAAAAUAUUAUUGAUUAAGCGGAAGAAAUAAGAAGUUCAGUAGAAUCGUUGUACAUCGAUCUUUUGUCAAUAGUCUUUUUAAAGAGUAAACGCUAGUGAGGGAGUCUGAAGUAAAUGUUGCUGAUGAAGGUAGAAUUGAAGAACUGUGCGGCGAGUUUUGAUAAUUCCUUAGCAUACGUCCAUUGAUUUUGGACCACCACUUAUUAAUUGUUUUCUUCACUUCAGUAUUAUGAUGUAACCGUUGCAAUUAAAGUAGAAUUUUGAAAAUUUCCCUAGAGCAUCACAAAGUUACCUGCCGUUUACACGAGAGCUUUCUUUAUACAAAAACACCUUUAUUAGCUCACUAACAAGACGUAGGAAGAAAGGAUAUUAUAUCACAGGGUCACAUAGGCUAACUUUUCCCCGUAAUUGCUUAGUAUUGUUCUCAGUAAAGGGAGAAUAUUUAUAUUUAAUAAUCGGCCCUUGAAUGACAUCUUAUCUUAAUAUACUGUUUAUUUUAUCAUUUAAAAAAGGUAUUAUUAAUCUAUUUGUUUGUCAAAGAAAUUAACUUUUAGUGCUAAUUUGUACUUAAAUUUAAAUUCACUGAUUCAGAUUAGAAACUUGUCGCAGCACACCCAAACGCGCUAGUGGUUCGAUCGGCUGCAGUCGCUAUUCGGAGGAAUUAAAAUUUCCAGGAUAAAACUCCUGCUCUGCAUUAAAGAAUUGAAUGAGUUGUUUGUUUGUCUAUCAGCAAUUUUCCCGUCCGAAAAUAAAACAAUGGAUCUAAAGUUAAUAUCUAAAUAUAUAUAUAAAUCCAUUUUCGAAAACGUUGCUAUUUGAAAAAAUAUAUUAAAUAGUCUGUGUAUAUAUUUUCUUUUCUCAUCACAAAGUGUCUCUUUUUGAUGAGCAAAGAAAAUAUAUAUUUCUUUGAUAUAUAUAUAUAUAUAUAUAUAUUCAGUUUUGAAAGGUUUUCAAAAACAGGUAUUUACAUAUAUUUAUAGAGCCGAAGGAAAUGCAGUCAUGUAAACGAGGCCUAAAACAAGUCCGAAUCUGUCUUGACAAGCAGGUGUCUUCUUAACAACUUAUUCGUUCCUCAGUGUGCGAUGAAAAGCACGUGGCAGUUUUAGUGAGUUUGAAAUAUGGGUCAGGGUUGGUAAAGACGAAGCCUCUCCUAGAGCAAUUGUAAUUUUUUUAUCGACUGCUGAUAAGCCUUGAGCGCCCAUCCCUUCAUUUUCCAUUUCGAUUAACAAAUUAUCUUGUAACUAAUUGUCAUCUCUAAAGGAGAGUCAUCAACUGUUUAAGAGAAUCGCUGGAACAAAAAUUGAAUAACUUUCCUUUUACAGUUGCAGAAAAUGGUUUGCUGGUUUGACAACUUGAUUUUGUUACUAUUUUGUUAUUAGUUCUAGUAGGAUACGAAACGGAGAGAAAAAGGCUUCAAAGCGCAAUUAGAUACACAGUUAAUUUCAAAUAUUUUGAAACAAGUUUGUAUGUGUGGCCGCAUACAUUAAUUUUGAAUAGUUGCGUAGUCUACGUAGUACAUUCGGUUGUUGUCACGAAUUCAAUUUGUCUUCUACAACAAUUGACAUCGCCAGCUUGAGCUUUUGCAUUUUUAGCUCUCCGUAGCUGAUAAUUCAAGUCUUAACUUCGCACGAAAGAUAUGGACCCUUAAUUAGCAUCCUAUUAUAAUGGAAUUUGAUACUGAUAAAGAGUGACUCUUUACCGAAUUGUAAAAACAUUGAAAUAACAGAUGUUUCUAUAUUUGCCUUUAGUUGCUAUUUCAUAACUGAGGAACCCAAAGGUUCCCGAGGAAAAAAAUAUUUUUUGACCCAAUGGAGAAUUUCCAGUUGCAAUUUAAAUGAGUAAGUCUUUAUGCGACUGUUAGGCAGAAAGUUAGGCUUCAGUAGUCAUUGCUGCCAUUUUUCGUUGCAAGAACAGAGACCCACAAGAAAAGGGAAAAGCCGACGACAGAAUUAUGUUGAUAUUAAAUUUCAGCAGCGGCAGAAGUCACACGAAAUCGUAUGAAGAACUGAUAUGCUCUCCCUCUUUGAUGGGUGGGCAUCAACAACUAUCAAUUUUUUUUUCUUGGCAGUUUACAUUCUCCUCUCCAUCACAGCAUUUGCUGGGAAUUCUCUCAUCCUUGUUGCCCUUUAUAAAGAAUCUUCCCUACAUCCGCCGUCCAAACUCCUGUAUCGUUGUCUGGCGACCACUGAUCUGUUGGUUGGUCUUGUUGCCCAGCCUCUCUAUGCUACAUAUUGGAUGUCCGUGUUUCAAGAACAUUGGAGCCGUUGUCGAUACGCCAGGGAUGCAGGCUACGUCACAAGCUAUGUAUUGAUUUUAGUGUCUUUGAUGACCAUGACGGCCAUAAGCGUGGACAGACUUCUCGCCCUGUUGUUGGGGCUGAGAUACAAACAAAUUGUAACUUUGAAGCGCACGUAUAUUAUUGUAACUACCUUUUGGGUUUUUAACAUUGUCGCCUCUUUAUGUGGAAUUUUUUAUCCUAGUAUAAUCUAUUUGUACAGCUCCCUAGUUUCACCAUUUUGCCUGGUAAUAUCCUUCGCAUCGUACACAAAGAUUUUUUGCACUCUCAGAAAUCAUCAAGCACAAGUACGAGAUCAACAACAGUCGAGCCAAACAAAUGCACUGAACAUGGCACGAUUCAGAAAGGCAGUGGACAGUGCACUGUGGGUGCAGUUAGCAUUAGUUGUUUGUUAUGCGCCAAUGUAUACAGUGGAAAUUGUGGUCACUCGCACUAACAAAUAUUCAUUACUCUUAGUCAUCGUACGGAAAGUAGCAAUUAUUUUACUUUACUAUAAUUCGACUUUAAACCCGUUCCUCUACUGCUGGAAGAUUAGUGCAGUGAGACAAGCAGUGAAGCGGACAUUGAAAGAAGCUCUUUGCUAAAAUAGGUCUUUCUUGAGUUGUUCAUCAGACUUUCAAAGCAGGCUUAUAAAAUCACGAUUAUUAUUAGAGAGCAGUCGUUAAAUAAGUUAUUGGAUAAAAAACCAAAUAAGUGGCUCAACGAAACAGUUGCGCAAGCUGUUAUCGAUAGUCUUUAUAUCUCCGUGAACAAUUUAACGACGGACUAAGUAGCCCCAGCCAUGUGUAAAAUAAGGUUUCUUGUCGCUCUGCUAAAAGAUAAGAUGUCAUAACUCAAGAAAAUAUAAGCAAACAUUUUACUGUCGAGUUUUCUACUCUUAGCAAUAAGAAGGCAUCAGAUAAAACUUCAAAGAGUAGUUUGAGAGAUGUGUUUGAGGCCGGUGUUGUGUGUUACGAUAAAACUAUUUCAACUAGUAUUCCUAUAAUUAAAAGAAAGCGCUUGACGUUGAUGUUGACGCUAAGUUUCCAUAAGAGACGGUCCAGCUUCAGUCUUGAAUUUGCUUUGUUAUCAGAAAAAUAUCCGUAAAGCUCAUGAGAAGAAGUUUUUGUUACUUGUAUAUUUAACUGAAAGUUACGAAAGUAAACGGAAUAAAAUUGACCAUCUCUGUUUGUUACAGAACUUUUUUACAGAUCUAUUGAUGUUCUGAAAUUAUAUUGGCAACAGCGAAAAACAAGUUUCGCAUCAUUUGCAUAGAGGUCACCAUAUGUCCAGUUUGUUGCUUAUGUAUCUUUAGGUUGUCUCUGAGUUUCACGGAUUUUAUUUCCUCCAUUUCUAAGUGAUUAACCGCUGUCCCUAAGUUCCACAAUUUUUUUUUUAUUGAGUCGUUUUCAAGGCUUUUUAUAAGCUCAGACUUUGCUUCAAUAUCAUAUCAUCUAAUUAUCGCCCUAAAAACGACAUGUUUAUUUCACCCAUUAAAGAAGUGACAAAAUGGAUCUUUUAAGACUUAGGAGGCCCAUAUCGUAUUGGAAACAAAAAACAUAGCCCAUGUCUUUGUGUUUGUCAAGGGAAUUCACUUUCAGUGCUAAUUUGAAAUUAAACUGAAACUUUGUUUACUGAAAUCAACAGCUGGUUGCGUCGAACAUGUUCUUGUUUAAUUAUCAAGGUACUAAAUUAUCAUAGAGGAUCAGAAAGAAAAUUCCCUGGGAAAGAACCCUUGUCAAGGGAGGGAUUGACGCAUCUUCAGCGAUUAAGUUUUUCGUCUGAUUUUUCUGUCAGCUAAUCCUCCGUUGGUAAAUGAAAUGACUAAUUUGAAGCCGGAAUAAAAUAUUAAAUCUAUAGAGAGAAAUCGUUUUGCAAAAACGAAAAUUUUUCCAACUUAAAACGAGGCGGCGUGUUUGUGGUGGUCCUAAACUUUGACAGGGUAUUUUUAACAGUUGUUUCGUGUGUCACUGUGCGGUCAUUAAAUAUACGAUAAACGCAGGAAGUUUGGAGAGCUUGAAAGAUACGUGGGAGUUACUCAACACGCAACCAAGAGUGAUUGUAGGUUCAUAAAUAAUAAAUGCUGUUUAUGUAUGUUUAACAAGGCGUAGUUUUUAACUCGACAUCGUCGCGGGAAUAAUCAACAAUAUUAUUAUUCACUUCAUCUUCGGCAAAUAAUUGUUGAAUAUUUUUAUCGAGUGUUGAUAGUUUUUAAGUAUCCAUUCCUUCAUUUUCCUUCUCGGUCAAUAGAUUAUCAUGUCCAAUUUAGCACAGUCAUAUAUAACUUUGGUUAUCGGAGGAGAAUUGCCAAUCGCUCAGGGGAAUUACGACAUGAAGAAUUCAGUCACUGCUAUAUACAUGGAAGCGUUGGCAGAGAAAAAUUUAGGCGAACUUCGUCUUACAAUUUUUCCAACGAUCACUUUAAAACUUUUGGCGAAAGGAGGAGAACAAAUAGAGAAUGUAAAAGAAACAGCGAAAAAUUGUUUAAAAAAGUAA